GACCGCAUCCCCGUCACGCUCAUCACCGGCUUCCUCGGCAGUGGCAAGACAACGCUGCUGAACCGCGUCCUGGCCGAGAACCACGACCUCGGCCGCGUCGCAAUAAUCCAGAACGAGUUCGGCGCCGUGGGCAUAGACGACGCGCUCACCGCCGAGCACUUCUCCUCGUCAUCCGGCGACGAGAUCCUCCUCAACAACGGCUGCAUCUGCUGCACCGUGAAGAGCGACAUCACGCCGGUGCUGGAGCGGCUCUGGCUCGGCCAGGCCGAGCACGGGCGCCUCGAUCGCAUCCUGGUCGAGACGACGGGGCUCGCCCGGCCGUCGCCAGUCGUGCAGGCCUUCAUCCACGGCACCCCCGCCUCCUGGAUGACCCGGGUGGACGCGAUGAUCACCGUGUUCGACGCCCUGCACGGACCGGCCCACCUGCAGCGGGACGACACCCAGGAGAGCGUCGAGCAGGUGGCGUUUGCGGACGUGCUGCUGCUGAACAAGACGGACCUCGUCACGGAUGCGCGGGAGCUGGAGGAGACCGAGGCCACGCUGCGGAGGAUCAACCCGCACGCCAAGUUGAAACGGACGUCACGAUUUGGUGACGUGCCGCUGUCGUCGAUCCUCGACGUCGAUGCCUUCUCGCUGGACAGGCUGCCCGAGGCGCUGCUCCACUAUCACGGGCACGGGCACUCACACGGGCACGGACAUUCACACGGGCACGGUGGGCACCACCACGGCACCGACGUCAUGUCGAUAUCUGUAACGCACCGAGGAGGCAUGAACUACGACGCGCUCAGCCAGUUCCUUGGCAAACACCUACAGGAGCACGGCGACGACAUUCUCCGUAUGAAGGGGAUCGUCGCCACUAACAGAGGCGCGGGGCAGACACCACGAGCGGCGCUGUAUGAGAAGCUCUGCUUUCAGGGCAUCCACGGUAGCUUCGAGGGCGAUGUCAUUGGAACGUAUGCAGCAGAGGAGGCACUGGAGAGCAGGAUCGUGUUUAUUGGCCGUGAUUUGGACGCAGAGGCGCUGCAAAAUGGCUUCCUGGCAUGC